CGGUGUGAGAGUAAGUGUUAAUUUUUAGUCCCAGAUCAUCAGUCUCUUAUCAGCUUGACUAGUGACGUUUCGCAGCUGGUUUCAUUUAUCCCAGAGGUGUUACUGUUGUUGAGGUUAUAAAAUUAUUAAAUCAUGGUGGAGACUGUACUCGGCCCGGUCAAACUUUCAGAACUUGGUCGCAUUCUGACCCAUGAACAUUUUGCAUUAGACUUCAGGAAAUUCUACACGGCACCACCUGUAAAUUUGAAAAGUUAUUUUGAUGACAAAAUCUGUCUAGUAAAUGCCGGCCUCGUCAAACAAUAUCCUUACAGCAGUGAGUACAACAUUGUGUUCAACGAUACAGAUACUCACAAUGCGGUACUGGCAGAUGUCGUUCUAUUAAAAAAAUUCGGUGGAGGUACAAUUGUCGAAAAUACUAGUAAUGGACUCUUGCGUGAUAUCUCUUUCAUGAAACAUGUCAGUCACGCAUCUGGUAUACACGUCAUUGCAGGCACUGGCCAUUACGUUGCAUCCACACAGACUGAAGCAGCUCUCAACGUCAGCGUAGAGCAAAUGUAUGACUUGAUAUUGAAAGAAAUGACGGUGGAAUGCGAAGGUAGUCCCGGUGUCAAGGCCGGGUUCAUUGGAGAAGUCGGUAGUACUUGGCCCAUUCAUGAUUUCGAGAAAAAAGCUAUACAAGCAACCGCUGCGGUACAAGCUCAAUUGGGAUGCCCUGUGAGUUUUCACCCAGGACGUAAUCCGAAAGCACCUUUCGAAAUAAUUAGAUUGUAUUUGGAAGCUGGUGGUGCUGCAGAAAAGGCCAUCAUGUCUCAUCUCGACCGUACUUUGCUCAAUGACGAAGAUCUUCUGGAAUUUUCAAAAUCUGGAUGCUACUGCCAAAUGGACUUAUUUGGUACCGAAUGUUCAUAUUACCAGUUUUCCCCAACAACCGAUAUGCCUUCAGAUGCUCAACGCCUUGAUAAAGUAAUGCUGAUUCGUGAAGAAGGUCGAAUUGAUAGAGUUCUACUUAGUCACGAUAUCCACACUAAGCAUCGUUUGAUGGCUUUUGGGGGACACGGAUUUUCUCAUAUCUAUAACAACGUUAUACCAAAAAUGUUAAUAAAAGGUUUCUCACAAGAAGAUAUUGAUCUCAUUACAAUGAAGAACCCAACAACAUGGCUCGCAAUGUGAAGUACUCGAGUAUGAUAUUUAUUAUUAAACAUAAUUCUAUCGGAUCACAGUUACAUAUAAGAUUGUUCUGUUAUCGACAUGAAAAAAAAUGUUAUCACAUCUCAUCUUGUGAAUAAAACUCUUCACUUGAAACAGA